AGGCCACAUUAGCAUAUGAAGAUGGCUGCACCUAAAAACUCCAUCCCUUCCUUAGCGGAAUGUCAGUGCGGGAUCUGCAUGGAAAUCCUCGUAGAGCCUGUUACCCUACCUUGCAACCACACGCUCUGUAACCCAUGCUUCCAAUCGACUGUUGAAAAGGCCAAUUUAUGCUGUCCCUUCUGUCGCCGCCGGGUCUCUUCGUGGACUCGGUACCAUACCCGAAGAAAUUCUCUGGUCAAUACAGACCUGUGGGAGAUUAUUCAAAAGCACUAUGCAAAGGAAUGCAAGCUUAGAAUCUCUGGACAAGAAUCAAAGGAAAUCGUUGAUGAGUACCAGCCAGUUCGUCUACUCAGUAAACCUGGGGAGUUGAGGCGAGAAUAUGAAGAGGAGAUAAGCAAGGUGGAGGCUGAGCGACAAGCCAGCAAGGAAGAGGAAAACAAAGCCAGUGAGGAGUACAUACAGAGACUGCUGGCCGAGGAGGAGGAGGAGGAGAAAAGGCGGACGGAGAGAAGACGAAGUGAGAUGGAGGAGCAGCUGAGGGGCGAUGAGGAGCUGGCGAGGAGGCUGAGCACCAGCAUCAACAGUAACUACGAGAGAAAUAUCUUGGCAUCUCCUUUGAGUUCCAGAAAAUCAGAUCCCGUCACAAACAAGUCACAGAAGAAAAAUACGAACAAACAAAAAAACUUUGGAGAUAUUCAAAGAUACUUGUCACCUAAGUCAAAGCCUGGGACAGCAUGGGCAUGUAAAACUGAGCAUGGAGAAGACAUGUGCAAGUCUAAGGAAACAGACAGUAGUGACACGAAGAGCCCUGUGUUGCAAGACACAGACGUUGAAGAAAGCAUGCCAACACAUUCUCCUCAGACCUGCCCAGAAACUCAAGGGCAAGGUCCGGAGCCUUUGACAGAGAUGCCUGUGCCAUGGCUAUGUGCAAGGAAUGCUGAACAGUGCCUUGAGGGAAAAGCUGAAGCAGUGUCAACCAAUCCUGAUGAUUCAUGUAUUGUAAAUGAUGGUGGACCUAGAGCCAUAGUUUCUAACUCUAAGGAAGCUGCAGUUAAGCCUCCUACCAAGAUAGAAAACGAAGAGUAUUCUGUGUCAGGUGUGACCCAGUUAACUGGGGGCAACGGAGUUCCAACAGAGAGCAGAGUGUACGACUUACUAGUCGGAAAAGAGAUUUCCGAAAGAGAAAACCAGGAAUCUGUGUUUGAAGAAGUCAUGGAUCCAUGCUUUUCUGCAAAAAGAAGGAAAAUAUUCAUCACAUCCUCCUUAGAUCAAGAAGAAACAGAAGUGAAUUUUACACAAAAACUGAUAGAUUUGGAACAUAUGCUUUUCGAGAGACAUAAGCAAGAAGAACAGGACAGGUUGUUAGCAUUACAACUUCAAAAAGAGGCAGAUAAAGAAAAAAUGGUGCCAAACCGGCAGAAAGGAUCCCCAGAUCAGUACCAGCUGCGCACAUCUUCACCCCCAGACGGGUUGCUGAAUGGACAGAGGAAGAAUGUCAAAGAUAGGAACUCCCCAAAGCAAACUGCAGAUCGUUCAAAAUCUCAGAGGAGCAGGAAAGGUGAAUACUGGGAGACCUUCGAAAGCACUUGGAAGGGUUCAGUUAAUGGAACGAAGAUGCCAACUCCUAGGAAAGAUAGUUGUAAUGUAUCUAAACGUGCCUGUCCCCUACAGCACAGAAGUGCACAGAAAAGCAUUCUUCAAAUGUUUCAGAGGUAACCAAGCAAAGCACCGGGAGAGAGUUCUAUAGUCCAGUAAAGCUAUAUUAUAGCAAAGCUAGCUCUUCUCCCCUAAAAUCCUGAGAUGUGUCAUUAGUUUCUGCUCAGCAAACACACUUCUUCUCUUUAAGCUGUGAUUACAAAGGAAGAACUUACGAAUGUGUUUCUGCAAAAGUCAGUGAUGAGGAAAUGUCCUUGAGAAUUGUUUCCCUUGUUAGCAGCUGCUGUGUUCUAAGUGUGACACCUUUACAGGUGUAAAACUCCUCGGUCAGGACAUCUUCAGGGCCACUCCCUUUUCCAAACUUUUUUUUAUUUUUAAUGAAUGGGUAAGGAGUCCACACAGGGAUCUUCCGUAACACCAGUAAGUCCCCAUCCCAGUUUUAACUCUAAGCAUUUUAGCAUUUCCUUUGGUGGAAAGUGGGUUGGUGUCAACAGCAGCUAGUUACAAAGCUGCUAGAUUGUUAAUGCAAGGGCUUUACGGUGGGCUGGGCUGAGUGCUGGAAUGGGAGUGAGGGGAAUCCCUGAACUGAAUGGGUGAUCAAAAACCGGGUCCAGCAUGGGCACCAGAUUUCCUGUGGCAGAACAUUCUCCUUAGUUCCUUUGUUAAAUGACAGAAAAUAUUUGGAGUUUACAGCUUUUCACGCCAUGGCAUCUUGGUGUGAAAGGGCAAAUUGGUAUAGUUUUACUUAUCUCUUCUAGAAAAGAAAUAAAUUAUUGAAGGAAAAUUAUACUGUGCUCUGCUAGCAUUAUACUGAACACCCGGCAUUACCGUCUUUAUUGCGUACUGGCUCAGACUCAUGCCUGUUUGUGCACACAGGGACGUGGUGUGUGGGACUUGUCAUGGAUUGUCCUGGGUAUGUGGGGCUUGACUUGGAUUGUCCUGGGGUCCAGACUGAAGUCACCUCGUGAAGCUGAGCCUCUGCUAUUCACCUUCUGUUAAAACAGCUCAGCAGGCUGUAGUCUCAGUAGGAUUUCUCUGGUGUCUUGGCUCCACUUAUGUCCUGCAAACAUAAUAAACCGUCCUAAUGCACUGUUUGCCUUUAUCCACACUUUGGUCAUUUGAAUUUCUUCUUACAAGUUUUGAGACUUUUUUUUUUUUUAUGUUUAUCUUGGCAGAAUUUUUCUCUAAAAUCAAUUUAACUUGAUGCUUUAAGGAGACAGUGUUGGAACUUCAAAUUAGAAAUUAUCACAUUGAGUCUUCGUGGAAUAGUUCAUGACCAAAAAGGGAAUAAGAAAAACAUUCUAGUAUGAUAUAGUGGGAAUUUAUAUAUUCACCACUAGUUUGUCCAUGGGGAGUCAUCCUGAUUGAAGUUGUUUUCAGGUUUUUCGUUUCUCUGUUAGCCUUUCUGUUAUUCUUAUUGUUGGUGCCUUUGUGUUAGAAAACAUUAGAUUUUUUAAAAUUGGUCAUUAGUGAACUGCUUUUUCCUCAUUUUUGUUGGAAAAUAUUUAAUAUCUCAGUAUUAAAGCUGUGCAGCUUUGAAAAAAUAAAAGACGCCUAACAUGGUGGCACGGCCUAAUUAAUCCCAGUACUUCAGAGACAGGGAGAUCUCUGUGAGUUCUUUUUAAAAAAAAAAUUAAAAGAAUGGUUAAUAAAAA